CUUUCCCCAAUACUGUUAAUAAUAUACAUAUUCCAUGUUCAUGCAGUUUUGUUCAUUACGGUUACAAUCUAUGAUGUCAUAUCCUGUUCACCAACAGCUAAAGUUUGAAUCAUUUCAAAGGCUGCGACUCACUGUGCGCUCCACCAAAACUCAACAUGACUAGAGCCAUUAUUUCAUUGAUUCUGUUACUGCACUGGAGCCAAGGCGCUAUGGGUGGAGAUGAUGUUGUUCAAGAGCCUAAAAUUCUGUGGAAACCAAAAGGGAAUUCUGCUAAUAUGAACUGCACACACACUAUGGGUACUUCAUACUUCCAGAUGUACUGGUACCGUCAGCGUCCAGGAGAGACCAUGAGGCUCAUAGUAUUGACUAUUGCUGGUUCAGACCCAGACUUUGGAGAUGUUGAUAAAGAUAAAUUUGAAGCUCAUAAAAGUGUUGCUGAUAGAGGAUCUCUAAUAGUGAAAGAUCUAGAGCCAGAAGACAGUGCCAUAUAUUUCUGUUUAGUGAGUCAACACAGUGUGUCAAAGGCUGGAGAGUGCUGAACAAAAACACACUACA